UAUAUUAUUCGCAUGUACCUUUACUAAUACUGUUUCUGACGACUGAAUCCUAACAAUAUUACUCCCAUCUGUUUUUCAUUUCAAGAUGGCUGACGCAGCCAGGAAAAUCACAGUUUCACAAUCCUCUCAUGGUGAAGAAGACCUGCCUCUCCCUCCACCUCCUCCCGUACCACCUAGACCCCUGGACUAUGAAGGCAGCCUCCCAUUGCCUCCACCCAAAGAAACCUUCUCCACGUUCUACCAGCAACGGCAGAAGAGUGAGCUGAAAAGGCUCUUUAAACACAUCCACCCAGACCUACGGGCAAGUCUCGAUGACGUCGCGGAUGAUGAUAUAAUGAAAGCAGUGCAGUCAGAAAACGCAGCAGACGCAGCGUAUCAGGGUGAAGUGCAGUCCAUGAGGUGGAUUUUUGAGAACUGGACUCUGGACAAUAUUGGAGAUCCUCACGCAACCAAGAAGCUGCUGGACGAUGAGGAGUUAAAAGGUGGAGACGUCAGAGGCACAUCCUCUAUGUUUGAGUACACCGACGGCACCCAGCAAAUGUCUGCUAAAAGACAGACUUCUGUCAGAGGUGAUGUGAGAACAUCAACGUGGCUGUUUGAGACUCAGCCCUUAGAUUCUCUGAAUGAAUCAAAAAGAGAGGAGGGCGAACUGGUCGAGGCAGUGCUGAAAGAACCCAUCCAGCCAGGAGACGUGAGAGGGACACGGCUGCUUUUUGAGUCUCAAUCACUGAGCGACUUGGGCCGCUGCAACUCCGUAGAAGAUUACAGCUUCCUGAAACUGAGAUCUGAGCUCCAGGAGCAGAAAGGAGAAGUCCAGAAGACUGUGAAACUCUUCCAGGCAGAACCUUGCUGUGCCAUCAGAGACAACAGCGGCAAUAUCCAUGAAAUCAAAUCCAUCUGCAGGGAAGAGAUCAACAGCAACAACAUCAGCACUGCCCGUUGGCUUUUUGAAACCCAACCUUUGGACUUGAUUAAUAAGGGAACUGACGGAGUGAAAAUAAUUCGGGGCAUCUCACUGGAAGAGGGGCACAGAGGAGGAGUUGAUCAAAAGAGGUGGAUGUUUGAAACUCAGCCAUUUGACACUAUACAAGAGGUUGUGGGAGUGGACAAAUUUGAAGGAACUGUGGCUGAAUGUGAAGGAGAGGCUGAUGUCGUCAACAAAAGGAAGUUUUUUGAGAUGAAACCUCUGGAGGUGCUGAAAGGAGAUUCAGCAGAAAAGCAGGAAAUAAUUGGGGGGGAUGUCAAAACAUCUCUGUGGCUGUUUGAAACUCAGCCUAUGGAGACUCUUAGUGAUACCUAUGAAGUUGGGCGUCUGAAGAAAAUUACCCUCUCAGCUGACGAACAGGGAGAGGUAAAAGGCAGAAAGCAAAUGUUUGAGAGCUGCAGUAUUAAAAAGGACGUCUCAUUCAAAGAACAAGAGAUUGAAAAGGGUGACGUUAAGGGAUUCAAACAUCUCUUUGAAACAAUUCCUUUGAGCAAACUUGCUCAUUCUGACGAGGAGAUUGUUGAGAAGGAAAAUACAAUUACAGCAGGAAACGUAAAGGGUAACACAGCGAUGUUUGAGACAACUCCUUUAUAUGCGAUAAAAGACAGCUCUGGAAACCUCCAUAAGGUCACAACAGUCAGCCGAGAAGAAUUCAUCAAAGGGAAGGUCCAAAACUAUAAGUGGAUGUUUGAGACCAAGCCUUUAGAUGAGCUUGCAGAGGGAAAAGGAAAUGUUGAGGUGAUCAAAGGCAUCACCAGACAGGAGGAUACAAUGGGAGAUGUGAAAACGGCAAAGUGGCUCUUUGAAACCCAGACAAUAGAUGGGAUCCAUUCCAAGUUCAACAAGAUAGAGCAAAACACCUCUGCAGCAGAGGAGCCCAGUAAGGGUGACGUCAAGACUUGCAAAUGGUUAUUUGAGACGCAACCGAUGGACAUUUUAUAUGACAAAUCAGAAAAAGUGAAAGAUAAAGAAGCCAUCGACAAUGCCGAUGUCAAGUCCAUUACUUGGCUUUUUGAAUCACAGCCUCUCGACAGCAUCAAAGAUGGUGAGGAGUACAACUUGAAGCUCUGCAGUACCAUACAGGACUCUGUCAAAUCAGAGGUUGGUGUUCAAACAGUCAAACAUCUUUUUGAAACAGAAACCUUGGAUAGAAUAAGAAAAGAUACAAAUACAGAACAAGACAUGAGAUGUGUGAGCCAGGUCAACUUUCAGUCAGGAGAUGUCUCACGAGUCAAAGAACUUUUUGAAUCCCAGUCCCUCGAUGAAAUAGGAUCCGAAAUUGUGAGAACAUCUGACGAACAGACCCAAGAUGAACAAAUUGAAAAAGGUUCGGUACAUAAGUUUACUUGGAUGUUUGAGAACUGCCCCAUGAACCUGAUCAAUAAGGACAACGAUGCAGACAGUCAGGGAGUGAGUGGUACGGAGAGUGGUGACGUCCAGAACAAGAGGUUUGUAUUUGAAACCUCCUCACUGGACAAAAUCCAACACGAACCCCUCGAGCAGAAGUUGGUCGAUGAGGAGCAGCCUGCGAGCAAUGUAGAUGUGAAAUCAAGUACCAUGAUGUUUGAGUCCCUGCCGCUGUAUGCCAUCAGAGACAAAGAGGGGCAGUUUCACGAGGUGACAACUGUGAAAAAAGAGGAGGUAAUGAGCGGUGACGUGAGAGGAGCAAGGUGGAUGUUUGAAACUAAACCACUCGAUGCUAUCAAGGCAGAGAAUGAGGUUUAUGUGAUCCGAGCUGUCACCCAAGAAGAUGUCGAAAAAGGAGACGUCAAAUCAGCCAGAUGGAAGUUUGAGACGCAACCUUUGGAUUCCCUCACCAGCCGAGAGGAGCCCUCUGUCAGGGUCAUUGAAGACUUUGGGAGCAGCAGUGUGCAGCUCAAUAAGCAGAUAUUUGAAUCUGAGCAGAAGCAGAAGUUCGUGCGAAUGGUUAGUGUCACUGAUGUCCAGCAAGGGGAUGUCAGGACCUCUACCUGGCUCUUUGAGAAUCAAACGAUGGAUAGUCUGAAAGGGGAACCUCAGGAGCAAGGUCCAGUACAAACAGUCCACAGGGAAGACAGCCAGAAAGGAGAUGUGAAACGCUGCACCUGGCUGUUUGAAUCUCAGCCGCUGGACAAAAUCAAGGAGCCCGAGGAUGCCUCAAACGAAGAUGUUGAGGAGGAGAUACCAAAAGCUGAUGUGAAGUGCACUACCUGGCUCUUUGAGACCACCCCCUUGGACAAAAUCACUGCCAACAGUGUUGCUGACACCCUGUCAUAUCUAUACCAAAUGUCUUUUGUUCACUCAAGUGGCAUCAUAAUAGAGGCAAACGAGAGUAGUAAUGUUAACAUGGCUAAAUAUGUGCUUGAGGGCAAUGACGGCGUGCAAAUCCAGAAUGAAGAGGUGGUUGGGGGUAACAUCAGGAACAUCAUGUUACAGCUCUUACUGAAACCAACCCUAAAGCCCCAGGUUACUCUUCUCAGAGAGGUGGAGCAGGGCAAAGUGAACACCACAGUAGUAGAACUUCCAGUCUACCAAUCGGCCACAACGAUCAACCUAGAGAAAGAUCAAAGAAUACAAAACAUUGUCCAGAUGAUUGAUGAAUUGCUCGUUCAAGAUAAGGUUUUGAAAAAAGGAAUCAUAAUGCAAGAGACUGCAGGGGGACAGGCAGAGAUGUCAGUUUAUUCGCUCAUUUGUGACACGAAAACCGAGGGUCACAUUAUAGAGAGGGGAGAUGUAAAGUCGACGAUUGGAAAUCUGUUAGCCACCGCCAAUAGUCAGAGGACUGCGGCGUCGUGUAGAGUGGAUGAAAUUGAAAAGGGAAAUGUGAACUUGUACAAAAGUUGCAUUGAGAAAGGAGGUCUGGACAACCUGAAGAGUCUUCAUACUGAGUUGUCAGGAGAUGAAGCUGAUGACAGUCUUCUUGCUAAAGAACAGACUGAAAUAGUUCACGGGGAUGUGAAAGAAGCAAAGAGAAGCCUCUGCCAGCAGAAAGACCAGGUAGAGCGAACCAUUUCCGACGUUUUGCCGGGAGAUGUACGAAAUACCAAAAAGGUUUUUUCGUCAGAGUGCUCGUUCAGCAUUGACACCUGUGUUCCAAAGGAGGAAAUAAUCCCUGGGGAUGUCUCAUCAGCAAAGCAACAACUUGCAGUAAAGCAACCUGUCAUGGUAGAAAAAGAGGAGAUUGUGGCUGGGGACAUCAAGGCAACAUUGCAGUCAUUAGAACGAGCAAAGCAGCAGAGCAUGUGCGUGGAGCGGGAGAUCAUUCAACCUGGAACUAUCUAUGACAUGGAUUUGUCAGCCCAGUGUCCUGACAUAGAAGGAAGCCCAGCACAAAAAGAGGUUAUUAUAUCCGGAGAUGUCAAAGCAGCUAAAAAGUCCCUUGAAAUGGCUAAGCAGCAAAGCAUGAACAUGGAGCGUGAAGUCAUUGUUCCUGGAAAAAUAUACAACCUUAAUGUGUCAGCACAAGAGGGAAGCUCAUCAGCAGCGAUGCAAUCCACGUGUUCGUCUUCCUCCGGAUGCCAGCAAAUCAGGACUUGUCCAAAGUAACCUGUGAAGGACAACCACCCAAUACAACACAGAAUUCAACACCCAACCCUGUAGCAAAUGGAAACUCAAAAUCAACCUGCUCUGAGACUGUAAAUCCACCUCCACUCCCUCAAAAGACUAGUGAGAAACCACGG